UCUCAGCCCGUCCCGUCCCGUCCCAUCCCAGCCGGAGAUCAGAGCCAUGCUGCACUGGGGAUACGAGGAGCACAACGGGCCUGCCCACUGGAAUGAGGUUUUUCCUGUUGCUAAUGGAGACCGUCAGUCACCCAUCGAUAUCAAAACUGAGGAAACCAAGUAUGACCCCUCCCUCCGUCCUCUAAAUCCCAGUUAUGAUCCAGCUUCUGCUAAAAUCAUCCUUAACAAUGGGCACUCCACCAGCGUUGAGUUUGAUGACACCGUCAACAAAUCAGUGCUGACCGGGGGGCCUCUCAGUGGAACCUACAGGCUGCGCCAGAUUCACUUCCAUUGGGGAUCCAACGAUGAAGCUGGGUCUGAACAUGCAGUGGAUGGGAUGAAGUAUGCAGCAGAGCUUCAUGUGGUCCACUGGAACUCAGAGAAGUAUUCCAGUUUUGUCGAGGCAGCUCGCCAGUCAGAUGGAUUAGCAGUCAUGGCUGUUUUUCUACAGAUUGGUGAAUGCAACCCUCAGCUGAAUAAGAUUACUGACCAGUUGGAUACCAUCAGAAUCAAGGGUAGAAAAGCACUAUUCACAAACUUUGAUCCUAGCUGUCUGCUUCCCAAGUCCCUAGACUACUGGACUUACUUUGGCUCUCUCACUGUUCCACCUCUUCUUGAGAGUGUCAUCUGGAUUGUUCUGAGAGAGCCCAUAAGUGUUUGUUCUGAACAGCUAGCCAAAUUCCGCAGCCUCUUGAGCACUGCUGAGGAUGAGGUCGCCUGCUGCUUGCUGAGAAACUACCGGCCUCCCCAGCCUUUAAAGGGACGAGAAGUCAGAAGGAAUUAAAAGAAUACAGCCAGAGUAGUCUCCUCCUGAAACCAAAGGCUAAAUUCAUUUUAAUAGUUCAUCUACUUUGUGAUUUUUUUUUUAGUUGUUUUAAGCAAUAGUUGUUGUUUAAUUACUGGUUACCAUGCAGUCAUUUCUCAUGGACAAACAUGUCCUGAGUUAUUGCAGGUUCAUCAACGCUAAACAGGUCUGACUGUGUUUGAGUGCCUUGCUUUGGAAGCAUUGAGGUGUUGGCAUCGCAUGCACAGAGGGCAGUGCUCAUUGUGAGGAUGUGGUGAAGUUGUCGUCCAGAAUUUGCCACCAAGUUACUGAGCAAGAUCUCUGAUAUUAACAUCAGGAAAGGGUGUUCUGGGAUUAUUCUUCUGGUCUCUAACAUAACCUUUAGCUUCUCUAUAAGACUUGACAAAGCAAUUCUCAAACAAAUUUAAAUAUUUCAAGGCUAUUAUACUUACAUUGCUGACUUCUGUAAUACUGUGCUUACCUUCCUGCAAACAACAGCAAUGACUGACAGCAUUUGAGUAAGUAGACAUUUAUAUAAGCCUGUAGUUUCGACUGCUUCAUAGUAGAUGUACUGAUCAGUUUUUAAUUUUUUUUUUUUAAGGGAAAUAGUAAGGAGUUUGUACAUUGCAGGGCCAUGUCAGGUGGAUUAAGAUAUUCCUGAAGCCCACCACAUGUAGUGAUGAAGCUGUCCUGUAACCUGAAACCUGCAAGGUGGAAGGGAAUAGGGGGAACUGUUCUUAAAGUCCAGUCUGCUGCAGUUGGUGAGCAGUAAGGGAUUGUAACAAUCUAUCCAUGUAUCAUCUGGCCCCUUCUAAAUCCAGUGUAUUACAGUCAGUGAGUAAUUGGGGACUGUAACUCUCUAUGUAUCAUCUGACUCCACUUAAAAUCUAGAGGCAGGGCUAAAGCUGUUGCUCCAGACUGUCUCACACUUACAUGGUGCACGCUCACACCUUGCAGUGGAGUGCAGCACUACUCAGGUGUGCACUGUUUCUCAGGUACUGGCUGUCAUAGCUGAACUUGGGUAGUUGCACUUACAUUCCGAGACCAAAAAUAGCAAUUAGAACAAACCAAAGAUAUCGGAAUCAAGUCAAUAUUUAAAGAAAGAUCAUGUCUCAAUAGCAAUGUGUGGAAAUAUCUGUCUUUAUGAAUUGACUUGAGCUUGUGUCUCUCUCAGGAGCUUUUGUUACUGAAUAUAAUUGUUUGGUUUAUGCCAGAUUUCUUUUAAUUAACUUGACAUAGGAUGUAGCUUAGAAUAGGACUAGAUUUACCCUCAGACAGUGAGAACUACAUAGUGAAAACCAGCAAUACCAGAAAGAGGCAGAUAAGAGUUUCAUGGGCAGAAACUACCACCAGUCUCUGUAAUACUUCUGACCAACUCAUCUUCUGCAAGUGCUAUCCAUGAAUUUGGGUUUUUGUAGGUCUUAUAGCCUGUGCCUUUUAAUCUCAACAGGCAUUUCGAUCUUAGAUGUACAAUCAUGAGGGAAAUCACAAUCAGGACUGACUUCAGAUACCUUCUUAUAACUGAGUAAAUUAGAUAUUUUAGCUUAGCUUAAGAUAGAUGGAUUUAUUUGUUUGUUUUCUCUUGCCCAGGAUACAGCUAUUAUUUCUGCAGGGCCUCUCAAUGCCUUCUGAAGGAAAGAAACACAAAUAGACCAUGGGAGAAAUGAAAGGCAUUUGGCAGCUGUAGCAGAUACUAGUACUAACCAAAGGGAAAAAAAUCGAAGCCACCUUACCUUUUGUGGCACUGUGAGGAGAAUGCAGCUGAAAGGACCUCAGCUUGGUUCUUUCUGAAUGAGGACGUCUGGAACGUGCGCAUGGAGAGGGCGAGAGCGUGUUGUGUGUUUUCACACUAUUUUUAGACUUAGUGUUGGAUCUGAUGUUUCCCUGUCAUUCCAGUACCUGCAAAACAAGAAGCAAAUGUUUUAAAAUUGCAGGAGGGUUAUGAAGUUUGUUUGCCUCAGAUGAGAAAACAACAAGGCUACUGCUUCAUAUCAGGAACAAAAGUUUUACGUGUUCUUUAGAUACUGACAACAAUGGACUUGAUCCAAUGCUUUGAUAUUUAUAAGGAUUUUUGCAAAGUAAUAAUAAAAAAAAUAAUUAUGAA